UGUGUGUGUUCUUGCUGCAGAGGCAGGGCCCGGGGAGGCCAGCUGCUUGUGCUGAUCCUGGCUUGUUAGGCCAGAUUUUAUAGGAAUGUUUGCAUGGGUCAAGCCGCUAACGUGUAUGGCAAUGUCUGUUUUUUCAUCUAAACGGCUACUUAGAGUAUUUCUCCUGCCUAUCUAAAUCUCUGGGGCUAUAUGAGAAUCUGAGGGUUAGAAAUGCCCAGUUUACCAUUUAAUCCACAAAAUCCUCCAUUUUGCCCUGAAGGAUUCUCAAACCAGUUUCUUUGGACACAACCCUCCAGUUCCUGCUUAGGAGACACUGACAGGCUGGACCAGCUCAAUUAGAGAAUCUUUUAAUAGAAACUUGGAGGUGACCGUGUGCAAACAAUGCCCAUGUAGUCUGUGCCCCGCCAAGAUCUGGACCGGGUGUCCUUGCAGAUCUCUCUAAAAGCCCUCGGACCCUCGCCCGGUGGGGGGAACCGUGUCCUCCGAGACCAGCCCCUGCCUCUGGUCCCGUGAUUGUCAUUACACUCACUCGCAGCCCAAAGCCCCGAACCAGGAGCCGCCCAGCGUCCCACAAAGGCAGCUGUGUUCUCAGGCCUGGCGGGCGCCCGGGGAAGUCAGUCCAGCUGUGCCUCAGCCCUCCCUUCCCACCCCUUGUGGUCAGAUCUGUUUUCUGGCCCUCCAGGCAGGCAUUCUUGCCCAGCGGGAAGGGCUGGGAGAGCAGCCUUUCCCUGAGCUGGGAGCCGUGACUCACAGGUAGUUACCUGUCCUUGGGCUCCCUGCCAAGGCUGCGAGGGAGCCAGAGGGGAAACAUUUAGAGUUCAUGCCUGUUGAGUCCUCCUAAGCUUUUCUUGGGUGGGUUGGGCUCUGACCCCUUCCUGAUGAACCAUAGCCUUUUAAUCCCCCCCGCCCCGCAAGAAGCAGGGGUUUUCCACUUUUUUGCUUUCCCUUGGGAGGGGUCUGGUGCUUUCCAGGGUCCUCGAUGUUUGUGUCUUCUUCCCUUCCAGCUCACUGACAGGUCUGGGGCUGUAAUAGCCAAUAUGCAAGCCCUGAUCCUUCUGUUCUCUGCGUGGUCUUCUGUCCAGGGUGGCCCAGGACCCCAGGAGAGGCUGACCUCUACGAGCCUUGGGAGAGCACCCAGCGCAGCGGCUGUCACAGUGUGAGGUCCUAAGUGGAGGUCGCCUCGUCAACUGAAGAUGAGGCCGCUCCUUCUCCUGUAUUUUGGCUUGCCCAGCCUCCUGUGUGCCCAGCAAGCAUGCUCCCGCGGGGCCUGCUAUCCACCCGUCGGGGACCUGCUUAUAGGGAGGACCCAGUUUCUCCGAGCUUCAUCUACCUGUGGCCUGACCAAGCCUGAGACCUACUGUGCCCAGUAUGGCGAGUGGCAGAUGAAAUGCUGCAAGUGUGACUCCAGGAUGGCUCACAAUUACAACGGUCACCGAGUGGAGAACGUGGUUUCAUCCUCGGGCCCCAUGCGCUGGUGGCAGUCACAGAACGAUGUGAGCCCUGUCUUUCUGCAGCUGGACCUGGACGGGAAAUUCCAGCUUCAGGACAUCAUGAUGGAUUUUAAGGGUCCCGUGCCUGCUGGCUUGCUGAUCGAGCGCUCCUCGGACUUCGGCAAGACCUGGCAGGUGUACCAGUACCUGGCUGCUGACUGCGGCUCUGCCUUCCCCUGGGUCCGCCAGGGCCAACCCCAGGGCUGGCAGGAUGCUCGGUGCCAGACUCUGCCCCAGAGGCCUAACGGGCACCUGAAUGGGGCCAAGGUCCGGCUCAACCUUAUGGAUUUAGCCUCUGGGAUCCCAGCCACACAAAGUCAAAAAAUUCAAGAGCUGGGGGAGAUCACCAACUUGAGGGUCAACUUCACCAAGCUGGCGCCUGUGCCCCAGAGGGGCUACCACCCUCCCAGCGCCUACUACGCUGUGUCCCAGUUGCGUCUGCAAGGGAGCUGCCUCUGUCAUGGCCAUGCGGACCGCUGUGCCCCCAGUUCCAGAACUCCUGCCAGCCCCUCCAGCACCGUGCAGGUGCAUGAGGUCUGCGUCUGCCAACACAACACCGCCGGCCCCAACUGUGAGCGCUGCGCGCCCUUCUACAACAACCGGCCCUGGAGACCCGCGGAAGACCAGGACCCCCACGAAUGCCAGAGAUGUGACUGCAACGGACACUCAGAGACAUGUCACUUUGACCCAGCCGUGUUUGCUGCCAGCCAGGGGGCGCAUGGAGGUGUGUGUGACAACUGCCGGGACCACACUGAGGGCAGGAACUGUGAACGCUGUCAGCUGCACUACUUCCGGAACCGGCGUCCUGGGGCUCCCAUUCAGGAGACCUGUAUCCCCUGCGAGUGUGAUCCCGACGGGGCAGUGCCUGGAGCGCCCUGUGACCCCCUGACUGGCCAGUGUGUGUGCAAGGAGCACGUGCAGGGGGAACGCUGUGAUCUGUGCAAGCCGGGGUUCACGGGGCUUACCUUCUCCAACCCGCAGGGCUGCCACUGGUGUGACUGCAGUGUCCUGGGCGCCCGGCGGGACGUGCCGUGUGACGAGGAGACUGGGCGCUGCCUGUGUCUGCCCCACGUGGUGGGCCCCAAGUGUGACCAAUGUGCCCCCCACCACUGGAAGCUGGCCAGCGGCCGGGGCUGCGAGCCCUGUGCCUGCGACCCGCACAACUCCCUCGGCCCCCAGUGCAACCAGUUCACAGGGCAGUGUGCCUGUCGGGAAGGCUUCGGGGGCCUGACCUGCCGUGCCGCAGCCAUCCGCCAGUGUCCCGACAGGACCUAUGGAGAGGCAGCCGCGGGAUGCCGAGCCUGUGACUGCGACUUCCGGGGCACCGAGGGGCCAGGCUGUGACAAGGCCUCGGGCCGCUGCCUCUGCCGCCCCGGCUUGACGGGGCCGCGCUGCGACCAGUGCCAGCGGGGCUACUGCGACCGCGCCCCGGUGUGCGUGGCCUGCCACCCCUGCUUCCAGACCUACGACGGCGGCCUCCGGGAGCAGGCCCUCCGCCUGGCCGGCCUCCGCAACGCCUCCGCCGGCCUGUGGCCCCAGCCGGGCCUGGAGGACCAUGGCCUGGCCUCACGGAUGCUGGACGCAAAGAGCAAGAUGGAGCAGAUCCAAGCUACCCUCGGCGAUGCCUUGGUCACGGAGGAGGAGGUGGCCCAGGUGGCCAAUGCCGUCUUCUCCAUCAGGCGGACGCUUCAGGGCCUACAGCUUGAUUUGCCCCUGGAGGAGGAGACCUUGUCCCUCCCGGGAGACCUGGGGAGUCUGGACAGGAGCUUCAAUCGCCUCCUCGUCACAUAUCAGAGCAAGAGGGAGCAGUUUGAAAAGAUAAGCAGUGCCGACCCUUCAGGAGCCUUCCGCAUGCUGACUGCAGCCCAUCAGCGGUCAUCCCAGGCUGCUCAGCAGGUCUCGGACAGCUCCCGCCGGUUGCUGCAGCUCAGGGAUAGCCGGAGAGAGGCGGAGAGGCUGGAGCAGCAGGUGGCAGGAGGACCAGGAGCCGGUGGUCCCCAGCUCGCGGCCCUGAGGCUGGAGAUGGCCUCCGUGCCUGAUCUGACGCCCACCAUCAACCAGCUCUGUGGGGGCUCCAGGGAGAUGCCUUGCACCCCGGGAGCCUGCCCUGGGGAGCUCUGUCCCCGAGACAACGGCACGGCCUGUGGCUCCCGCUGCAGAGGCGCCCUCCCCAGGGCAGGCGGGGCCUUGCGGACGGCGGGGCAGGUGGCCGAGCAGCUGCGGGCCUUCGGCGCCCAGCUCCAGCAGACCAGGCAGAUGAUCAGGGCAGCGGAGGAGGCCGCCUCGCAGGUCCAGUCGGACACUCAGCGCCUGGAGACACAGGUGAGCGCCAGCCGCUCCCAGAUGGAGGAGGAUGUCAGACGCACGCGGCUCCUUAUCCGGCAGGUGCGGGAGUUCCUCUCAGACCCCGACACCGACACGGCCACCAUCCAGGAGGUCAGCGAGGCUGUGCUGGCCCUGUGGCUGCCCACCGACUCGGCCACAGUCCUGCAGAAGAUGAACGAGAUCCAGGCCAUCGCGGCCAGGCUCCCCAACGUGGACCUGGUGCUGUCCCAGACCAAGCAGGAUGUUGCUCGGGCUCGCAGGCUGCAGGCCGAGGCCGAGCAGGCCAGGAGCCGGGCCCACGCGGUGGAGGGCCAGGUGGAGGAAGUCCUGGGGGCCCUGCGGCAGGGCACGCUGGCGCUGCAGGAGGCCCAGGACACCAUGCGGGGCACCCGCCGCUCCAUGCGGCUCAUCCAGGACAGGGUCGCUGAGGUUCAGCAGGUACUGGGACCAGCAGAAAGACUGGUGACCAGCAUGACGCAGCAGCUGGGGGGCUUCCGAGCACGGAUGGAGGAGCUUGGCCGCCGGGCCAGGCAACAGCAGGCACAGGCAGCCCAGGCCCGACAGCUGGCAGAGGAAGCCAGCAAGGAGGCGCUGAGCACCCAGGAGGGAUUUGAGAGGGUAAAGCAAAAAUAUGCUGAGUUGAAGGACAGGUUGGAUCAGAGCUCCAUGCUGGGAGAACAGGGCAGCCGGAUUCUGAGCGUCAAGACGGAGGCGGAGGAACUGUUUGGGGAGACCAUGGCGAUGAUGGACAGGAUGAGAGACAUGGAGUCAGAGCUGCUUCAGGGGAGCCAGGCCAUCGUGCUCCGCUCGGCGGACCUGACGGGGCUGGAGCAGCGCGUGGAACAGAUUCGGAACCACAUCAACGGGCGCGUGCUCUACUACGCCACCUGCAAGUGAGGUGGGACCUCGCCCGCCGCCCCCUCGUCUGCCCUCUCGGCUCCCGGGGGCCUGGCUGGCUGGGGGUACUUUCCUGCUCCAGGAGACUCUUACACAGCCUAAAGCACAGCAGGGACCACCCCCAGGAUGCAGCUGAGCCUGGGCCGGUGGGGCAGCUACAGCUGGGGGACGGUGACCGUGGAGGCGGGCCCGUGUCACCAUGACCAGCAGCUCUUGAAUGCAGGGCGCUUGGCUGGACAGUGUCCUUGCCCUUCAUCCUCCACUGAGGCUGAAGUCCUGGGCCCACACAGAAUUGUAACUAAAAACGUUGCACAAGGGAAAAGUCCAAUAAAAAUCUUGAGAAAGGA